AUGCCCUCGAACGGGAUCAUGCACUCUCACACGCCGAGCAAGACGAUAACUCCGAUGAGAAAUCGAGGACAGAUACAGCUGAUCAUUGGGCCAAUGUUCAGUGGAAAGUCGACAGAACUUUUGAGACGACUACGACGAUCGCAAAAUGCUUGCUUCAAAUGCCUGGUAGUCAAGUUUAAGGAAGACGAUAGAUACUCCGAUCUAGAUAUGGCAACUCACGACGGGCAAAAAGUAUCGGCUGUGAAAGCGAGCAAACUUGACGAUGUAUAUGACGCGGCGAGGGAUUACGAUGUCAUUGGCGUUGAUGAAGGUCAAUUUUUUGAAGACUUGCUGGAAUUCUGCGAGAACCUGGCGAACAGCGGAAAGACAGUUAUAGUAGCAGCGCUAGACGGAGAUUACAAGCGACAGCCCUUUGAAAAGACGAUCAGUUUGAUUCCACUUUCCGAGAGUGUCACAAAACUCACUGCAAUCUGCAUGAACUGUCGAGCUGAUGCCGCCUUUUCCAGACGACUUGGAGCACAAACUGAGCAAAAAGUAAUUGGCGGAGAGGAUAAAUACAUGGCUGUUUGCCGUGCUUGCUACAAUCUUCCUGACAUCACCAGCCCACACAAGGUAGCCGAUGCGCGAAUCCCUUUCAAUCACAAGUUCAACGAUAUGGCUAGAAAGUCCAAACGCGUACUCUUUAGUGAAGACGACGAGAAAAAUAUGAAGAAGCAAAAGAAUGGAAACGAUAUGUAA